AGGAUGCUAGCUUCCACGCUGCUGCUCGCGGUGGCGAUGCCCGUGCUGUGGGCUCAGCCGUACCCCAUACCACCAACCUGUUACACCAAAGUGCUGAGCAUGGGUAAAGAGAUCACACAAACAGCGGCCGAAAUCAAAACAGACUACGACACUUACGGAUGCACAGCUCACCUGCCCGACCUCUACAUCGAUAUUCAUAACGCUUGUGUAAUGUCCACCAUGAACUCGUAUCUGUCUCUGCUCGACGAUUUGAAAGAACGGCGAUGUGCGUACACCAGGAAAGUACAGAAUCUGAGUCAUAAGAUUAGACAACUCCAUAAAAUCAUCACGUCACAAAGAUGUCACGGGGACUUGGUUUUUACCCGUGAUAAUUGUGAAGCAUUACACUACAGAUGGAGAUGGAGAGGUUGAAAUCACUUCAAACAUCACCAAACUUUGGAGUUUGGAGGAUGGUUUUACAAGAUCAUAAAGAGCCCAUUACUCAUCAGAUGUUAUUCAUAAUCAGUAGAACAAUGAAGAACAAUGUUUUUAUAAAACGGCGUCCUGCAUGUUGGUUGGUUACGCCAAAGUGACUUUGGUGAAUUUGUGAAUUUUUCAAAUCUGAGCUUUAUUUUAAAAAACAAAUUCUUAAAAAAUACUUUUAAAAACAUAAGAAAUACAAAUAAUUUCAGAAAUUGAAAACAUUAUCAUAUAAUGUUAUCAUAUAUGAGUAACUUAAUAACUGCAAGAGAUUGUCAAGUCAUUGACUCAUAUAGCUGUGUAUUUUUCACAGGUAUGUCUAAUAUUUCAUUUACUAAGUUUUUUAAUUUGUAUUGUUUUUAAUACAUAUAUAUAUAUUUUUUUUAUAUUCUAAGCAUAUUCUAUAUAAAGUGUUGUAUAAAAUAUUGACUUGUUUUCCGGUCUCUAAUAAAUAA